AUGAUGAGUCGUUUUCUUCUGUCGUCGAAAGGUUGCGUUGGUUUCGUCGACCCCAAACCCGUCGUCUUUUGUCGACGAAAUCAUCAUCGACGGGAAAAGAACCAACGACGACGCGUUGACGUCGUCGUCGUCGUCGCCUCGUCGUCGAAGAAGAACAAGAAGAACAAGAAGAGCGACGGAGGAGGAGGAGGAGGAGGAGGAGGAGGAGGAGGAGAACAAAAUCAACCGCAACGAAUUACCGGCAAAAAGAACGGCAUGAGCGUCCACGCGCAGAUUCGAUUGGUGGACCGGUGGAAGAAUUCUGCGAAGAACAACAACGCGGAAAAGAGCGAGUUGACGUCGUUAACUGGACCGAACGCGGCGAGUAAGAAAUCGACGACGAUUCAGACGACGACGCAACAAAAAGCAAACGCGAAGAACAACCAACACGUAAACGACGCGUACCAGGCAGAACUGAAACGACGACGCGUUUUAGCCGCGGAGAAACGCGAGAAGGAAAGAGAAGCGUAUUUGCGGAAGGCGGCGCUGGACGCCAACGACGCGAGCCUGGGAGCGUUUUUCGAUUCCUCGUCGAAGAAGACGAAGUGUUUCGUGGACGGGUACAACGUGUGCGGAGUACCGGACGAGGACGACGCGAUGAUGCGCGUCAGUGGGAAAAGCGGCAGUGGUGGCGGUAUACCGCAUUUGCGGAGGAGGUUUUUAGUGGAGGGAGAUUUGGAUGGAGCGAGGAAGAUUUUAGAGGAGAAGGUGAAGGCGUUCGCGAUUUCGAGGAACAUGGAGUGCGUCAUCGUUUGGGAUAACAAUAAUUAUCACACGAAUAAUAGUGGUAGCAGCAAUAGCAAUAGCAGUAGUAAUAGUAGCACUGGGAUGAGUGAGAAAGAGCGGGCGGAGGAUAUAGGCGAUGGCGUGACGGUUGUGUUUACCGGCAACGGGCAACUCGCGGACGGGUACAUCGAACGAGAAACGAAACUUCUCGCCGAGGAAAAAGACGGCAAGAACGUAUACGUCGUGACGAGCGAUAACGCCGUACGCAUGGCGGUAUCUUCAGCAUACGCGCGCGUGAUCGAUUCGGGUAAUUUUUGUCGCGAAAUUCGCGACACCGAGCGCGACGAGGAUGCGAUUUUGAGAGAGCUCGCUUUAGACGCGCGGUGGGGAGGCGGCGCGAAGCAGAAUAAAGCCUCCAUCGGCGCGAGCGUUCUCGGCGACGCGUCCGCGCGCGAGAAAAUGAUGAAACUUCGCGAGAUGGCGAGAAACUCGUCGAAAGCUGAAAUGAACGAAAAGUUGGUCGGUAAGAGUGGAAGCUUUGGUCGAUUUAAGCGGCAAAACAAUACCGCUACCAAAGCGACGAAAAACAAAGACGCGACGACGACGACGACGAACAAGAAAGAAGCUUCGGACGGAGAAGGCACGAACGUCACGAAACGUUUACUCAUGCGCAGAGCGCGAAUGGAUGAGAACGCGAACGACGACGACAGGAGCAGCAGUAGCAGUAGCAGUAGCGGACGAUGGGGAUCUUUUUAA